CAUUGCAGAGCGCCCUCUCACCCCGCUCAGUUAUGCCAAGUAUGUGAGCCCGAGCAGCAGCGGCGGCGGCAGCAGUGAAGAGCGAGAGGCGCCCAAGGACCAACUAGAUCAUGGCGUGCUCCAGCCGGCCGUGCUCCAAGCUGCUGCGCUUGUCGUUGCCGCCGCCGUCGCCGCCACCGCCUCCGCCUCAUUCAAGGCGCCACCAAGCAGCAGCACCCUUGCACUCGACGGCAGUUAACUGAGGGAGACGACCAGGCAUGGCUGACCCUCUGCGCAGGACUUUCUCCAAGCUGCGAGGUAGGAGGUCGCAGCGAGUGGCGACCGGCGCCGGUGAAACUGCCGGGGACCCGAGCGAGAGCGGUAGCAGGGGCGUCGGAGUCCCUCGAGGGAGAGCCCAGCAGAACCUGCACCACCAUCGCCCCUGCCGAGGAAACGGAGCGGCUACAGAACCGCCCGCUGGGCUGGAAAGCCAGGUGGGCGGCUGUGAGGUCCUCCUCAUGUCCCCACUGGAGGAGCCGGGUCUGCGGGCGUCGGCUGCUUGGUCCCGGUGGGGAAGGGCGGAGAUGCCUGGAGAAAGGUUGCCUGGAGCCGCCGUAGCCCGGGCUUGCCCUCCGAGAAAGCGCGCGGAAGGCGCUGCGCUGCAGAAGCUUAGCCCCCCGGAACUCCGUGCGCCUCCGCUGGCUGCCGAGCUCUGCUUCUCCUCUUCCUCCUUUUUCCCGAGGGGCGCGGAGCCUCGACCGGCCCUGGAGUGCGGUGGCGGGAGCGAAGAAGACGAUUACUACGAUAACCAGAGGCUGCCUGGCUGGGUCUGCCAAGGAACGUCCAGAGCGCCAGAAGAAGCAGCGCGGGGAAACAAGGAAGGCAGCGCGGCCGCCGUUCCGGGCGCUGGCGGUGGCGCCAGGGCCAGGGCCAGAGAAAGCACCGGCAAACUGCGAAGCCAGCUCCAGGAGGCCUAUUACCUGUUGAUCCACGCCAUGCAUGACCUGCCUCCAGCCAGUCCCACCAUUGGAGGUCAUUCGCCCCAGCCUGCUAGCCACCCACCCUCCUCUGAGGCUUCAGGGAGUGAUGCUCUAUGCUGGUCUUUCUCCUGCGGGGACAGAUGCUCCCAGCUGCAAAGAUCUGAUCCCGGUGCCCAAGGCUCAGCCAAGAAUCCCAUCUGGCGCCAGGGCAUCAGCAAGAGUCUGGAGAGCCUGUGCUUUGCCCAGCCUUCCACCUCCAAAGUGCUGUCUCUGCCAAGAUGUAGGAGCGAUGGCGCACUCCAAUCUCUGCCUCAAGAGCCACUGGAGCCCCGCAGCCACCUGCUGCUUGAACCUCAGGAACUUGGCACUGGGCAGGAAGCCUGCUUCCUUGCAGCUGCCACACAUGGCUCUGGCGACAGCAGCUGUGAGAAGAGCCUCAGUAGCCAAGGCCUUUGUGAGCUGCAUCCAUCAGGGCUCCGGGAAGACUUGGAGCAGCUGUUGGUCCCAGAGUUGUGUGCUGCCCAGGGCAAAAUGGUGGAUCCGGCAACAGCAACCAGGUGUGGCCAUGAGGGAAGUCCCCAGCACUCCUCAGCAGAUGUCCCCCCAGGCACCUUCAAGCCACCCACUGUGACGGUUCGGAAGCUGCAGAAGUGGAUGUACAAAGGACGCCUGCUCUCGCUGGGCACGAAAGGCCGGGGUGGGACAGCUGGGAUGUCCUCCCCAUCUUCCCCCGCCAAAGUCACCGGAGACUGCAGGCCACUUCUUGGCAGAGGAGAGGGGCUCACGCUUUCGCCCCCUGCCCACCUGAACGGCCCAGGGGGCAAGGUCCCAGUUUCCCCUUCAGACCAAAGAAUCUUGCUGACAGAUCUGAUCGAAAAUGUUUACAUACCUUCUGUGAGCAGAAGAGAACUUAAGAACUUGAAAUCCAGUGAAGUUUCUGAGUGCAGGCCUCGGAUUGCUAGCAUUACUGUGUCCAAGAAGCGGAACUGGUUACAUCAAAGUUCUCUGAGAGUACCUAGUUUGGAAAAAGGAAACUCUUACAAGAAAAUUUCAGGAGAAAAUUACCAGGUACUGAAAUCUCCCAAUCCUUUCUUUGAGCCAAAAAUGCCUCAGACUUUUUCCAAAUUUCUAGGGCAAGAAAGCCCUAAAGGAAGAGUCAGUUCUGUACAUGCUGCUGAGAAUGGAACGAGAUCCUUGGCACUACAAAACUGUACUUUAGAUUUUGGUGAAGAUAAUGAUGCAGAUGAUGAAGGAGAAAUAUGGUACAAUCCUAUCCCUGAAGAUGAUGAGCCUGAGUUCCCUUGUUUUCUAAGUGGCAAUACUAAUCAUUUGGACUCCCAAGCCCUGAAUUACAAAAUAGCACCUGGGAAUGAUUUAAUCAAAGUCACAGGGCAUAAUGAAGAUCUUCCUCAAUUCUUAGACUGCUUUGGAAAUGGUCAGCCUAGGGAAAUGAAUCAAAUAGAUAAUGUGCAUUCAAUGGAAUAUUUGCAAACACACAAGCAAAAGCCUGUAUGCAAUACUCUGACUGGGUUUGCUGUGGAGGAAGGUCCGCUUAAAGCUACUACAGGAGGUCUUGGAAUCAUGUCUGCAAACAAGGCUGAGACAGGAAUAGCAGAAUAUUCUCCUCCAAGCCCAAGUCCAUUGAAAAAAGGUGGCUCGAUAAACUGGCCUUUCCCUGAUAAAAUAAAAUCCCCAAGAACCGUCAGGAAACUUUCCAUGAAGAUGAAAAAAUUGCCAGAACUCAGCAGGAAGCUCAGUGUCAAAGGAAAUUCAAGCCAUAAUAGCUCAGACAAUUCUUUGUUGCUUAAAAAUAAUUGCCAGGAGGUAGGCCAUGUACCAUUAGCUUCUUCUGGGAAUGUAACGGCAGCUGCUAGCAGGAAUGUUAUAAGCCGGUAUCAUCUUGAUAGCAGUGUAUCCUCUCAACACAGCUACAAAAAGAAAAACAGUGGGACUUCCAAAUCCUCCAGUAAAGGGGGCUACCUCAGUGAUGGGGACUCUCCUGAGCUUAUAACAAAAUCAGGGAAAUAUGCAGCUGAAAGCAGGGCUGGGAAAGGAAAAGAAGUAUUCCCAGGUAACAUGGGUAAUAAAUCAGAAAUAGAUAUUGAUGCUUUUCGACACUACUCGUUUGCUGACCAACCCAAAUGUUCGCAGUACAUAUCUGGACUCAUGAGCAUUCACUUCUAUGGUGCAGAGGAUCUUAAACCACCACGGAUGGACUCAAAAGAUGUCUUCUGUGCAAUUCAGGUAGAUUCAGUAAAUAAAGCAAGGACUGCCUUGCUGACUUGCAGAACAACUUUUUUGGAUAUGGAUCACACUUUCAACAUAGAAAUAGAAAAUGCUCAGCAUUUAAAGUUAGUGGUUUUUAGCUGGGAGCCCAUGCCAAGGAAAAAUCGGGUCUGCUGCCAUGGUACAGUAGUUCUUCCUGCCCUUUUUCGAGUGACGAGGACUCAUCAGUUGGCAGUAAAACUGGAGCCUAGAGGUCUUAUUUAUGUCAAGCUAACCCUUCUGGAACAGUGGGAGAACUCCCUCUGUGGAACAGAUGGAGAACGAGAACCAAUACUCUUUGGAGUUGAUGCUCGGAAAGUUGUUGAGAAGGAAAAUGAAGGUUUGAUGGUGCCUCUCUUGAUGAAGAAGUGCAUUACGGAGAUUGAAAAAAGAGGCUGCCAGGUUGUGGGCCUGUACCGUUUAUGUGGGUCGGCAGCUGUGAAGAAAGAGCUCCGAGAGGCAUUUGAGAAGGAUAGCAAAGCAGUUACUCUCUGUGAAACUCAGUACCCAGAUAUAAAUGUGAUAACAGGUGUCCUCAAAGAUUAUUUAAGGGAGUUGCCUUCUCCAUUGAUAACCAAACAACUUUAUGAAGCAGUGUUGGAUGCCAUGGUGAAAAAGCCUUUGAAAAUGACAGCAAAUGGAUGUGAAAAUGAUUCUAAUGAUUCAGAAUAUACAGUGGCACUUUUGGAUUGCCUGCCAGAAGUUGAGAAAGCAACCCUAAAGAUGCUCUUGGACCAUCUGAAACUGGUGGCUUCAUACCAUGAAGUAAAUAGAAUGACUUGCCAGAAUUUAGCUGUGUGUUUUGGGCCCGUCUUACUUAGUCAGUGGCAGGAAACUACCAGCCACAACAACAGAGUGUUCACGGAUUCAGAAGAGCUUGCCAGUGCCUUGGAUUUCAAAAAACAUAUAGAAGUUUUACAUUACCUGCUCCAGUUGUGGCCAGUGCAACAGUCAUCUGUCGAAGAGUCAGUGUUGCUGGAGCAGCAGUCCUCCGUGAACUAUCUGAGGCCUAAGAAACAGCGGCCUCAAAUGUUAGAUUUAAGCAGUACUGAAGUGUCAGGGAUCUUGCGAUCCAGGCCAGCCAGACUGGACAGCCCUUCAAGCAACCGCUAUGCAGGAGACUGGACUGCUUGCGGGGAGAACUACUUCGUCAGUCCCAGAGAAGCUCUGAAUGAAGCAGACUAUGAUGAUGUCCCUUCUGAAGAGGCAGAAAGUGGGGACGAUGGCAACAAAGUGGAUGCUUCCAGAACGCCACUCCGGCGGCCCAUUUGUGUGUCCAAAGAACAUACCUUUCAGGCCUAUCUGACCAUGCAAACAAUGGAUUCUGCAGUGAACCAUCAAGUUAACCUCAAAAACUUGCAAGAAAGUAUUGAUACUCUGAUAGGAAACCUGGAACGGGAACUCAAUAAAAACAAGCUUAAUAUUAGUUAUUGAUCAUGUUGCUCCGCCAUGGCUCCUGUUUAGUACUGUAUGUCUCUUCCCUUGUUUUUCCCCAAGAGAGAAUAAGGAAAAGGAUGAGGUUUGGAUGGGGGUCUGUAUUGUAGUAGUUGUGCUGGGCAGUCUUGGAGUCACCGUAUAGGUUAGUGCAUUUGUAUUACAGUCUCUGCUUUCUCCACCAUUUGAAAACAUGUUACUUUUUAUGAAAUGAUUCUAUGAUAUUCAGUUCCUCGUCAACGUACUAUGCACUUAGGAAAUUUGAACAGUUUAUCGAUGUAUAAUGCACCAUCUCUGUCUUUGUUACACAGGAACAGCACAGUUUGUUCCUGAAACCUUAGCCCUGGUACGGAUGUUCUCCCAGAAGAGAGAAAAUUAAUGUUGCUAUGUAUGUGAUAAUACGUGGCACAAACUGUAGGUAGAUCAUGUUCUGUUCUAUUGAGACGUUUUCACUUGCAGUGCAAAGGCUGCUAUGAAAAAAAGGCUUUUGAUAGUUAAGUUGUAUGAAUAUACAUGUAUUCCUAUAUUAACACCUUGAAGCAACUAUUUAAAACUGCAAAAAUAUUUUUCUAACUUUUGUUUUGUACAUAUUUAUAUGUGAAAAAGAUUACGUGUGAUUUGGUCUAUUCUAGUUGCAGCAAGUCUUGUACAGCAAAACAGUUUCUUCUCUCUUCUUCAACCUGUGCUCUGAAGAUACCUUAGGUUACAAUUCUGUCAUUUCCCAGACAGCAUAGUGAUCAUGGUGUGUGUGUGUGUGUGUGAGUGUAUAUGUGCAUGUGAGAGAGAGAUGGAAAUUAUAGUCCAGCAGGUGGGGGUGGGUUAGCAUAGGAAAUAUCAUUCCUUCCUAGAGAGCAGAUGCUUGGACGCAGCCCCUGGUACUGUAUCAGAUGGUUGUGGAAAAUGAGAUGAUUGUGCACCACUCCUAUACCUUGCCCAGCCUUCCCCAUGCCAGUCAAGCAGAGCUGCUGGUGGGCGGUUCAUGUUUUUUAUUCCCUAUGGGAGAUGUUAUACAUGAGAGCACUGUAGAAGAGAAUAUCUGUAGCUCAGGGUUGAACUGUGGAGUCCUUGGUGCUCUCUGAGCUUGGUUGUUUGCUUGCAGACGUUUCAUUACCCAUUACAGUGCUGAUGUUACCUAGGCGGGCAAUGAAACAUCUGCAAGCAAACAACCAAGCUCAGAGAGCACCAAGGACUCCACAUGAGAGCAGCACUGUGCCUGUCUGGGACAUUCUAGAUUUGUGUAAGGAGAGCUGAAAAGAGACUUGUCCAUUGUGGUGUCUGAUUAAACAAUCACAUAAGCAGUUGUGUGAUACAUGGGACAAGAGAGUGGUUGUACUGAGAUAUUUGAGGGCUGCAACUAAAAACGUACAGAUUUCUUUAAGGCAUCUAAAAUCAAAAAUUGUCUAGACAGCAUGGCCUGCUUGUCACACCUUUCUGCAAUUCCCAUUGUGAAACUAAAAAUACAUGCUUCUAGAGAUGCUUUGGAGCUUGAUUGCUUGGUGGAGUCCAUAGUAGCUAUUCUACCCAACUGUCCACAUUUUUAAAAAAUGUAAUGUCCUUAAGUGCAGAUCUGUAGCCUGAUCAGUCUAAUGUUAUCAUUGUGCAUGAACAAUAAUUAAUGCACAGUCAAGGGAGCUGACUUUGUUAACGCCUCCCCAGAUACGGUGAACCAUGCUUGGGCGUUAUCAUGUCAGUGCCCUCGGACUGGAAAUGUAGAGGCCUAACUCUGUACAUGGUUGCUGUGUCCCUUCUCCAAUUUUUUUCCCUGCAUAGAGAGUUUUGCCUUCUGCCAUGCUACUGGGAAGCUCCUCAAUUUGGACAGUUUUGCUGCUUAUUACCACCUAUUAUGUACUUUAGGCCUGUGUCCCUAGUUCACUUCUACAAGUUUCUCAACUGUAGGGAGACCCCAGAGAGUUCACCUCUCUUUCGAAGGCUGGCAAGAAUGAAGAAAGUGCCUUUUAAAAUAAUGUGUUCCAACGGCCUGAAACGUUUUGAAGGUCUUCAUUCCAAUUGGUCUAGCUGCUUCUUUAAUCCCAAGAACGUUAAGUGCUAAGAUGAUCAAUUUAUUGUUUGUCUUGCCGGUUUCCUUAAAUGAGUAUUGGCAGCUCCUCAGGCCUGCUCUAAGAAGGGUGAAUGUAAUAAAUGCUGAUUGGAUUGGUUUGCAGAUCUUUGAUAUCCACCAUGAACCAAAAAGCCUGAUGCAAAUUUAAGUCCUGUCUGCAGUCACUAAGACCCAAGCAAUAAUGAAUACACCCAGGUGCCUCUUAAAACACAAACACUGUUAGCAGUGUAGUAGGGUACUCUUUAAAAUACCAGUUAGCAAGUGGGGGAAGCCAUUAUUAUUUUGAAUCAUGUCUAUUUGCUUUCAAUCCGCCUUCACCAACUGAUGCCUCCAGUUGUUUGGAGGUCACAACUCCCUGCAUUCCAGCUAGGAAUUCUGGGAAUUAUAGUCUUAAGCUAACUGGAGGAAAAGGAAAGGGUACUCUGUAUUAUAGAUCUGGUUUUCUUCUGUUUAUUUACAUUAUCAGUUCUCAGUGUUUUCUUCUGGACCUGGUAUAAGUGCUAUUUAAUUUGUUCCUUGAUAUUCUUUAUUAUAAUUAUUUUAGCUAUUUAUUUACACUAGGAUGACUGAGUUUGGUGCAUGAUUUUUGCCACAUUUUUCCCUAAAGAAAUAUUUCAGCAUUUUAUACAGUCUUAUUAAUUUAUUAUGAUGAUGAUUAUUAGUGUGGCAGUACACAACUACAGUCAUUUCAAUAUAGUGGUAUAGUUUGAAAAACAUAUAUUUUAACCUGAAUCAUUUAUUGAUAAGCUGAUGUAUUUUUUUAAAAGCAUAUGUACAGGAAGUGAAUUAUUUUUGAACGGUAAAUGUUAAUUCUGAAUAAAACCCAAAAUAUGAAAAAUAA